AAGAAGUUAAGAAAAUAAAAAUCGUCGUAAAUCUUUAAAAGUCGUUCGUAUAAUAUUGAAAUAUAGUAAAUUGUGUCUCUAAGACCUUAAAUAAUCAUAGUGAUAUGAAGAAUAGAUAAAAUAUAAGGUGGAAAGUGUGAAAAAUUUGCAAAAAAAUAAAGUCAGUGAAAAAUGGAAAAUGAAAAUACAGUAACGUCUCGCCAACAUGAUAGAUAUAGAAUUGAAGUGAAAUUAAAUUAUUAUAUUUUGUAAAAGAAGUAUAAAACAGCAUAAUUGAUAAGUUUUUAAUCGCUAAAAAGAGUCAAAAGUGUUAAAAACUUACAAAAAAAUUGAUUUCAAAGGAAAAAGUGAAAAUUUAUAAAAAGUACAGUCAUCGAUAUAUCCAAUUGAGAAAGAAAAAUUAUCAUUAACAUUAUAAUUAUCUUAUUAAGUAGUAUAAUUCGUGAAAAUUGUGUCAGUAAUAAAAUCGCCCAGUGCAGCAUAAUAGAAAUAACAUUUUAAGCCAGUACCGAUCUGGAUUAUAAAGGACAAAGAGUGAAAUAAAUUGAAUUUUUUUGUAAAUAAUAAACAUGUCUGCCGAUAUUUUAACAAAAAUGUCUCCUCAAAGUAAUGGAAAAAGUCAUGUUUCACCAAAAAAGGAACCAAUAAUCAGCAGUUAUAAUGGAAAUACACGAUCAUAUUUAGUUGAUCACGGACGAGAUCCACUAGAUCUUAAUUCCCCAAAAAAGCCAUCUAAUCCGCAUUGGCAGAUGGAUAAAUAUGAGGAAUUUGAAUUUGAAGUGCCUGAAGAAGCACCAGUUUUCGUACCAACGGAAGAGGAAUUUAAAAAUCCACUCGGCUAUAUACAGAAAAUUCGACCGCUAGCUGAGAAAUAUGGUCUCUGCAAAAUCAAACCACCAGCAGGAUGGCAACCAUCUUUUGUACUUGAUGUUGAUAAAUUGCGUUUUACACCGAGAGUUCAAAGAAUUAAUGAAUUAGAGGCAAAAACUCGUAUCAAACUUAAUUUUCUCGAUCAAAUUGCAAAAUUUUGGGAGUUACAAGGAAGCUCUCUGAAAAUUCCAAUGGUUGAAAGAAAGCAACUUGAUUUAUAUACUUUGCAUCGAUGUGUCCAUGAAGAAGGAGGACUGGAAAUAGUCACAAAAGAACGAAAAUGGUCAAAAAUUGCAGGUCGCUUAAAGUAUCCAAAUGGAAAAAAUGUUGGAACUAUAUUGAAAGGACAUUAUGAAAGAAUCUUGUACCCGUAUGAUAUCUAUAUGAGUGGCAAGCACGUUGAUGGCGCAAGCCUAGAAGCAGGAGAGGAAUCUGAUGAUUGCGAUUAUAAGCCUCAUUGUAUAUUGUCUCGACAAGGCGUUAAGCCACAAGCGGAAGUUGCAGCUCGUCGUUCUAAACGAUUUCAAAAUAUUGAACCAGAUAGUGGAGAAAUGAAUUUGUCUAAAAAUGCUGAAUUACGACGAUUACAAUCAAAUCUGCCACCUACAACCAAACGUCUAUCUUCACCAUCUAAAAUUGGUCGUGGAAAUCGAUUUAUUCCUAAAUCAGAUCCAUUGGCUAAGUAUGUCUGUCUUAAUUGUAAUCGUGGAGAUGUGGAAGAAGCUAUGCUUUUAUGCGAUGGAUGUGAUGAUAGUUAUCAUACAUUUUGUUUAAUUCCACCGCUUAAUGACAUCCCAAAAGGUGAUUGGCGUUGUCCAAAAUGCGUUUGUGAAGAAGUCAGUAAACCAGCAGAAGCAUUUGGAUUUGAACAAGCAUCGCGUGAAUACUCAUUGAAAGAAUUCGGAGAAAUGGCAGAUCAAUUUAAAUCUGAAUAUUUCAACAUGCCUGUUCAUAUGGUUCCAACCGAAGUUGUCGAAAAAGAGUUCUGGCGAAUCACAUCAAGUGUCGAAGAGGACGUAACUGUAGAAUAUGCAGCUGAUUUACAUACAAUUGAGCACGGAAGUGGAUUUCCUUCAAAAGAUUCACUCGAUUUGUCACCAGAGGAUCAAUUGUAUGCAGAGAGUGGAUGGAAUUUGAUAAAUUUUCCAGUUUUAGAAGAAUCUCUUCUUGCCUACAUCAAUGAUGACAUCAGUGGAAUGAACAGAAGCUGGUUAUAUAGUGGAAUGUGCUUUGCAACAUUUUGCUGGCAUAAUGAAGACCACUGGAGCUAUUCUAUAAACUACAUGCAUUGGGGAGAACCGAAAACUUGGUACGGAGUUCCAGGCGCAGAUGCUGAGAAACUCGAACAAACAAUGAAACGACAAGCACCGGAAUUAUUUGCUGGACAGCCUGAUUUGUUACAUCAACUUGUUACAAUUAUGAAUCCAAAUAUACUUAUGGCUGAUGGUGUUCCUGUUUAUCGAACUGACCAACAUGCAGGAGAUUUUGUCAUCACAUUUCCACGUUCUUAUCAUGCAGGCUUUAAUCAAGGCUAUAAUCUUGCAGAAGCUGUUAACUUUUGUCCAGCUGAUUGGAUUACAAUGGGUCGUGAGUGCAUUAAUCAUUAUUCUCAAAUGCGUCGUUAUUGCGUAUUUUCACACGAUGAGAUUAUUUGUAAAAUGGCACUAGAAACGGAACGAUUAAAUUUGGGUAUUGCAACAGCUUGCUACCUCGACAUGGUAGAGAUGAUUGAUUCCGAAAAGAGAAUGAGAAAGGCAUUACUUGAAUGGGGUGUUACAAAAGCACAACGUGAAGCUUUUGAACUGCUUCAAGAUGAUGAACGUAUUUGCGAUAUUUGUAAGACGACUUGCUUUUUAUCAGCAGUCAGUUGCACUUGUACGCCUGCAUUGGUUUGUUUACGGCACUAUAAAGAUUUAUGUAAUUGCUCACCUGAGCAACAUACUUUAAAGUAUCGUUAUACGCUUGAUGAAUUGCCCUUAAUGCUUAAGAAAUUAAAGAUUAAAGCUGAAUCUUUUGAGACAUGGCUUACAAAAGUACGAAACAUUUUGGAUCCAUCUAUAUCAACAAAAGUCACGUUUGAAGAACUUCAGGAACUUGCAAUGGAAGCAAAAGUUAAAAAGUUCCCAAAAAGUCCAUUAUUGGAUCGUCUUAAUUCGUCUUUAAUCGAGGCUGAAAAAUGCAUCACAGUAAUUCAGCAACUUGACAUUAAUAAAAUACGCACACGAAAUUCAAAUGACAUUGCAUCACGCUAUAAGAUAACAUUAGAGGAACUAGAUUUAUUUGUCCUCGAACUUGAUAAUUUAUGUUGCACAAUUGACGAUUUCGCUACAGUCAAAGAACUUCAACAAAUGGGCUAUGAUUUUGUAAAUACAGUCAAACGAUUACUUAAUCAAGAGACAAUUAAAACAAAUGAUCCAAAAGAACUUCAGAAAACUAUUCAGGAUGGAAGUACAUUAUGUAUCGAAUUGCCACAACUUGAUCAAUUAAAAGCUCGUUUAGAGCAAGUAAAUUGGUACCGAAUGAUUCGCUCAUAUCGUGAUAAAACAGAAAAGCAUCAAUUGAACACGUUAAAGAAGCAUUUAACAGAAGGUAUGAAAAUUCCACCGCAUUACAUUAUUGAGCGACAAUUAAAUGAAAUAAAAGAAAUAAUUAUGGAAAUGGAAUUAUGGGAAGAUCGCGCUCAAAAAAUAUUCGAGUCAUCUGUUUCCGUCCAAUUGCGCGAUGUACAAGAUUUGCUUAGACUUGGAAAACAAGUUAAAGGCUAUUUGCCAUCAUUCUCGAUCUUAAAAGAAGCAGUUGAUCGUGCAAAGGAAGUUUUGGAACACAUUGAAGCACUUCAGUCUGACGAAAAUUGUCCUUACGUUGAUUCACUAGAAUUUAUCAUAAACAGUGCAAAAUCAUUGCCAUUCCAACUUGAACAGAUUCAAAUUAUGGAGAAGCACGUAAAUGAAGCUAAUUCAUGGAAGGAGCAGGCAAAUCAAAUGUUCCUUAAAAAGAAUACAAAGUAUACACUUCUCGAAGCUCUCACCCCAAAAUAUGAAUCAGAUUUGACUUUUGCUGUUGUUCCUCCAUCACUUUCAUCACCACCUAUUCGUGCUGGAAGUGACGAUUGUGAAUCAGCCUCUCCAUGCUCUACAGCAUCAUCUUCAUCAACAAUAUCGGCCAAUAGCUCGAAUGGAACAAGUGAAGGAAGUUAUUUAGAAGAUUUGGGACCUGCUGUAGUCGUUGCUACAUUCAAAAAAGCUGAAAAGAAUGAAAUUUGUCGAAUUGCUGAAAUUCGUCGACUCAAUAUCGAAAAGAAUUAUGAGCGCGAUGCAUUUUGUUUAUGUAAAGGACGAUUUAUGGGCUACAUGUAUCAUUGUCAAUUGUGUAAAGAUUGGUUCCACUCAUCAUGCGUCCCACCAAUGUCUAAAAAUUAUGAUACAAAGCAAGAACCUUUGGAACUACGAAGUAAAUAUUUGUGUCCCAUUUGCAUGCGUACUAAACGACCGAAAUUGGAAAGCAUAUUAUCCUUGCUGUUGUCGUUGCAACAAAUUCCUCUACGCGUUCCAGAAGGUGAAAUUAUCCAGUGUGUUACAGAACGAGCAAUGCAGUGGCAAGCACGUGUUCGUCAGGCACUUAAACGUAAGGAUAUAGAGGCAGCUUUAUUGGAGUUUUCAAUGUAUCAACAAAAACAGCCGAAAGUUGAACAGCAAGGGAAUAAUAAAGAUGGUCAGGAACGAAAAGGAAACCGAAAAGCUAAGGGAAAACCGAAGAAUGAAGCAGAUGCUAUUCAACAUUCAUCUGAUGGAUCUGACGAGGAAAAUCAUGACACGAUGCUUGAUAACUCAUCAGAAAAAGUAUUAAGUCUACCCAAUCCACCUACAGUUCAAUUAAGCAAAGCAACACUUCAAUUUCUUGAGGAAUUAAUGAUGGAAGGAGAUCUCCUUGAAGUAACUUUGGACGAAACAAUUUAUUUGUGGAGAUUAUUAAAUGCCGCAAAGAAUUACAACAAUGAGUUGGAAGUUGUUCGUAAAAAGUAUAAUAUUCCGUUGGAAAUGCCAUUGCGCGUUUAUAGCGAAGAUAAUACUAGAAAACGUAAAGUUUUUCCAAAUGAAGAAAAACCACCAAGAAAAUACAAUAAACAAAUUAAGGAAGAGAUAAAGAAAGAGCCAUUAGAUUUAUCAGACAAUGAUGAUGAUAUUGAUGGCGAUGAUGUGAUGGAUAUCGAAGAGGCUGAUGGGACGUUACCUAAAAAGGGAAAAUUGUCGACAGGGAAUAAGAAACGUUUGGUAAAAAAGAAGAAUAAUAUAAAGAAAGUUAUUAAAGCUGAAAAAGAAAAGGAACCGAAGGAAAAAGUUAAGCCAAAACGCCAGAAGAAGAUACCGCAACAAAAUACGUCGGUUUUAUCAUCUGAAAAUAAUUCAAUACAAGCACCUUCUCCGAUUAUUGCUGCAAACAAUAAUAUCAAAUCAAAUGUACCAGUUGAGCCUUUAAAACCUGUCAAAAAGGUUACAAAAGUUCCAAAAGAGAAGAAAAUCAAACCGAAAGUUCAAAAAAUCAAUAAUAAUAAUAAUAAUAAUAAGAAAACAGAAAAGGAUGAAAAUACAAAAGCAGCAUCACAAAAUGAAUCUGACACCGACUCUCCAGAAGAAUCCGACGCUUAUGAAACGUGUGGUGUUGCAAGUUGUCAACGACCAUCAGAAUCCGUACAAGAUUGGAUUUUGUGCGAUGGCGGUUGUGAAGUUUGGUAUCAUAUGGUUUGUGUUGGUCUUAAAAUUAAAGAAGUAAAGCCCGAUAUGGAAUUCAUUUGCAAUAACUGCAAGACUUCAAAAGAUUCUACAAACAAUGCUCAGUCAUCACAAAAACAGCAGUAGAGUGUCAAGGAUUAAAUAUUAAAAAACUGUAAAUAAUGGAUCUGUUUCUUAGAUGUGCAAUAGAACAAAAGAAUCAUGUAAUGCAGGACAAUAUUCGGAUUUUUGUAUAAAAAAAAAAAAAAUCAAGGAGGAAACAGCAUCAACUACUCAUAAAUGCAAGGAGCUAAUUACAUUGCAGAUAAAAAAGAUCUCAACAACGUUUUUUUGACUUAUUUUUCACACCGCGAUCGUAUUUUCUUUUAAAAUAAGCACUAAGAUGAUAAAUCAAUGAUUUUGAAUCAUUUUCAUUGUAAUUAAUUUUCAUUAAAAAAUAGGACAUGAUAGUUUAAUUUUUUUUCUUGACUUCUUUUUUUUUAAUUAGAUGUAAAAAAUUGUUCUUGAUAUAAACACAUGAUAAAAAAUACGAGAAAAUUUGAAAGAAAUUCAUAAUUUAAUUUACAUAGGAAAUACAGAAAAAAGAUGAAAAAAAAACUAUUUCGUUAGAAAGUAAAUAGGUAUCUAAAAUAUAAGAUAAAGAAGAAGAAAAUAUAAUUGACUAAUUUAAAACAGAUAAUAAUGAAUAAAUGUGUAGAGAUUUUAC